ACCAAUUUUAACUUCAAGUUAAAAAAUUAAAAACGGCCAUGUUUUUUAAAUAUUAAACAGGAAUUUUGUCACGGUAAAAAAAUAAAUGAAUUUUCGCACUGCCCUAUAGAAACGGUGCCAGGGGUCAUUUUUGAAACCGAAAUCCUUAAAACCUGUCCCUUCCAGUUAGUGGUUUAUUAUGAACAGUUAGCAACCGAUCUAUUGUCCUGUUUUCCAAUUUCCAACUCGUAUUAAUAAUUUAUAGAGUGGAGUUAACUAAGUGCCAGUUGUAUCCUGUUACGCUCUCAAUAUCGAGACGUUACAAAACCCUUUGUCCACUCUUCCACACUAUAGCAUUUUAAACACGACAAUUUUUAACCACAAUGUUACAUUUUGACUUCUAACUUAGCCAGGGUUAUGUAGUUUUCCUCUGUAGAAUACACUGCGGCAAAAAUGCGGCCUAUAUUUUGUGUUGUCGUCGAAAUUUGGCUUUUGUUCGGUUGUUGCGAAAGCGCUUGGAUACAGUCAAGUUCACCCCAAAGAGUUUUAUCUAUGAUAGGAAUGAUUGAUGAUGGUUUUUUUCCUGCCGGAGUGGUUGAAAUUUUAGACAUCGAUGUAUUUGGUCCAGCUUUGUACUGGCGAAAGAACUUUUCCGCACCGCACGAGUUUGCAAUUCCUUUACCUUUCGGAGCUCGAUCUUUGGCGUUCGACAGAAGACGGUUUUUCAUUGUACGUGAUGGGGAGGUUUACUCAAAGAACAAUCUCUACCGUAAUACAGAUUACGUGCUCUUUGGGGGAUACCUGUUUUGGAUAGAGAUGAGGAUAAAACAAGAGGAGCAAUGCAACAUCAAUGGGUUGCGGCCCGGAUUCAAUUUUCAAAAUAAUCUAAAACAAGGAACAGUAAGCAGCACACCCGAACCAGGUCUCUGCUCAGCUGCUAUAGAUCCAAUUUUCUCCGAGGAUAGACUAAGCAUUCCAAUAGAAACUAUACGCAAAAAUGGAAUGCUAUAUUUUGGGGAGGUUUACAAUAAAUUCAAAUUAGAGCACAGCGAUGGAGACUUAAGUGCAGUUACUAAAAUGUGGAAAACAUGGGAUAUGUACACAGCUGAAGGACAAAGAUUUAUAUCCAUCCACCAUACCACUGAAUUUAAAUCCAUUUCCCGGACAGGCAUUCUCUCCAAUUACCAAGUAGUUCGCAUUCCCAAUAAUCUUGCUUUACCCCCCACUUUACGUUAUGCCUACAAUGAAGUUAUACGUUGGACCACUCUGACGUCAUUCUACAUUAGUAAUGACUUUAUAUAUGUUGGCCUUGGUUUGGAUGGCUCAGUGUAUGUGAGAUCAACCUAUUUUGACAUCAUUGUAAAGGUUGAUAAUCCACCUCUGCACUUGGGGGAACUCACGUUCAGCCACAACAGUAUCAUUGGUGUGGACACCAGAAAUCAACUUCAUACUUCUAGUGAUUUUAUACAAGAAUAUAUUGUUCCUCAUGUUCCUUGUGGUGAUGGCUCUGUAGCAACACCUGGUGGUUGCUUGACCUACUAUGACACUGGCCAGCGGAUGUCGCACAGCGAGCAACAUGCUACCUGUCGAAGUCUUGGCGAAAAAUUUCAGCUCGAUUUAUCCGAUGUUCAUCACCACUCAACCAUGAAGUCAGCUGACAAUUACUGGCACCGAAACAAGAAUGGCCGAACCUACCUUUUUAGUCAAGAGGUUCUAAGUCAUGAUGACGCCGAGCUGAAGUGUUCAUCACGCCCUUCUUUGAGUUCAAUGUCGCAUCUUGCUGUUGUAAACGAUGAUGAGCUAAAGCUGUUUAUGUAUGAAAGAUUCAAAGCUAAUAUUGGGGACUUGAGGUGGUUAUCAAUUGGAUUCCAUGUUUGGGUUGGUGCAUAUUGCGACUGGCUUGGUGACUGGAUGUGGUUGGAUGGCACCAAAGUAUUAGAUGUAAAAGUAAAUGAUGUUACAACUGCUUCUCCAACUACUUCAUUCUGGGCAACAGAAGAACCUGUCACUGAUGCUGGACCAACAACAGCUUAUGUAACAACUGGCGCUAGUUUGGAUAAGAGAGAGUGCUUGGCAUUAAGAAAACUAUUCAACUAUACGGAGCUUGAACUGGUGGUUAUAGAUUGCAUGGAGGAACAUUAUCACAUAUGCGAGCAAUAUGAAUAUUUUGAGGAAUACUUUUACGAUGUAAACAUCACCCUCACGCUGCCAUACCCGGGAUAUGAUGCCAGGCCUUCAGUUUUCUACCUUGGUGAAAUUGCGUCUGUAACCAAUGCACCCCAUAAACGCUGUGGAAAUUUGUGCCAUGCUGAGGCAGCGAAUGGAUGCACAAUGUUUACUUAUUUUGAAAGAGCAGGGAAUGGAGCGUUUGAUGGUCAUUGCUAUGGGACAAAUAUACCUACAGAUACCAACUUUACUUCUUCAUUAGCUGCCAGUAGAUCCAAAAUCAGUGGAAUAAGGAGAAUAUCGUCGCCCUCAGUUUUCAUUGGAAAUACUUCAAUUCCUUCAGAAAUUGUUUACAAUACAACUGUAAAGUUGGAUAUUGAAUCAAUUUAUAAUCUGGGUUGUUGGAAUGAGGUACAACACAGUUCCUUAUCAAGUUUGGAAGCCAGGCAUGAAGUUUUAGAUACACCUGUCGGUUCCCGAGCCUAUUCGUUUGAAAAAUGUAAAACUGCAGCUAAAAUACUUGGCAUGGCCCAGUUUGCAUUGCAGUCUGGUUCGUGUUAUGGAUCUCAGUUUAAUGAUGACUCAUACAAGAAGGCUGGGAAUUCAGAGCAAUGUAAUGCCAAUGGUAAUGGUGGGACCAGCUCUAAGCAAGUGUAUGAAAUUCGUAAAUAUGGGUUUGAAAUUGGAGGUUGUAAACAAGUACUGUCUCGAAUACAGUGUGGAUCAUCUGGCAUCACUGAAGUUGACUGUGUUGCAAAAGGAUGUUGCUAUGACAGCCAAGGGAUAAUCAACUGUUUUCAAAAACUCAUACCAGCUAAAGUUGAUUUAUACAACCUUGGCUGCUGGAAGAACCCAGGAAAUGUUUCGAUUCCAAUGAUUUCUUCGUCAUACCUUGAUGGGGAGGACCCAGUUGCCAAGUGUUUACUUACUGCAUACACUAAUGGUUUUCAAGUAUUUGGUGUAGACAGGACAGGGAACUGUUACUCAUCUGCUGGUGCACUUUCAGCAUAUAGAAACAUAGGCGUAUCCAGAGACUGUACAACUGAUGGUCUUGGGGGUUCAAAUUCAGUGCAGGUUUACCAUAUACCAUAUAUCGCAGGUAAUGGUUUGAAUGUGCUUUUCUUUCGUAGAAGUGUGGGGCUGUUUUACUAUGCACAUGCUUUUGUUUUUUGGCUUCAACCCUUUUUUACAGCUUGUAGAAAGCUAUUUGCCUCUUGCUGGUUUUGCUUAAGAUAUGCUUUGGCUUUUUAACAACUAGGAAAUGCCUUUUAAAAUUAAUUCUUAAUUUGGGCUUUUUAAUAAUUCUUCAUUAAAACAAAUUUUUAAUAAUAAAACAAAAACUUCUGUCA